UGGCCGCUCAACUGGUUGCCCGGAAGUAGUUUCCGGCCCCGACCCUCGGCUGCCGUGCGCGGGGUGACUUCCGGCAGAGUGGACGCAGGCUCGCGGGGGUCCUCUCGGUGCUGGCGGAGAGUCGCGAUGACCACGCUGCGGGCCUUCACCUGCGACGAUCUGUUCCGCUUCAACAAUAUUAACUUGGAUCCUCUUACAGAAACUUAUGGGAUUCCCUUUUACUUACAGUACCUUGCUCACUGGCCGGAGUAUUUCAUCGUGGCGGAGGCUCCUGGGGGAGAGUUGAUGGGCUACAUCAUGGGCAAAGCAGAAGGCUCUGUUGCAAGGGAGGAGUGGCAUGGCCAUGUCACAGCUUUGUCUGUCGCUCCUGAAUUUCGGCGCCUUGGUUUGGCUGCUAAGCUCAUGGAGUUACUGGAGGAGAUCUCAGAGAGAAAGGGUGGGUUUUUCGUUGAUCUCUUCGUCCGAGUGUCUAACCAGGUUGCAGUGAACAUGUAUAAGCAGUUGGGCUACAGCGUGUACCGGACAGUCAUAGAAUACUACUCAGCCAGCAACGGGGAGCCGGACGAGGAUGCCUAUGAUAUGAGGAAAGCGCUUUCCAGGGACACAGAGAAGAAAUCCAUCAUCCCGUUACCCCACCCAGUGAGGCCCGAGGACAUCGAAUAACCUUGGGCAGUGGCUCUUAGGCAGACUGACGUCCACUAGUUAUGGAGAAUUUUAUUUGCAUUGGAUGAUCGCGAAGCACUUAGAUUAGGAGAAAAAUAAUCAUUUAGAUUUUAAAAAUUUCAAGAAAGUAUGUUAUAAAGUAUAUUUUAAAUCAUCACACCUACUAAAGCUGUUCGCCACAAUGAAAUUCAGAAGGCCACUAGAUCAGGACAGUGCCGCUGUCGCCAUUCAAUGUCCACCGUGUGCCAGGGAAAAAGUCUCCCUUCAGCUUCUUCUGUUCUAUGCCUGAGAGCCACUGCUGCACAUGUAUAUUUGUUUUGUUUUGAACUGUCUGCUGAAGCUUUAAAAGCAUAUAUGAAAUGGGUUAAUCUAAGAUGUCUAAUAAAAGACACUGCCAACUGAG